AUCGAACUUCUUCCAUGGGUCAGACUGACCUGGAACGGUGUCCGACCUGGGUAGCAUUCAUCAUCACUCACUGCCCCUUCCACCACCGCAAUCACCACCACAUUCAAUUCUGUUAGCUUCAGUUUUUACGAUUCUCUCUCUCUCUCUUUCCCUGUUGUUGCCAAAUAUUGUACCAUGUCCCUUCUAAUCAACAACCGCCUGCCCCGUUCGUGACCGAUCUGCGCUGCCAUUGUUUGUAUGCGGAAGAAUGCGCAUCGUUCGUUCUUAGCAGGUCCCCUCAAUUGACGAGCACCCACCACUCCAUCUUUACCCUCCGAAAUGGACAUCAUGUCAAAUGGACCGGCAGUCCUUGCGCCUGCCGCAGCGUCGGGCUCCGACCAUCAUUCCACCGCCAGUUCGACCGGUAUAACCCUGGCAGCGACGUCGACUUCCUCCCUCUCCUCUCUCAAUGACUAUUCCAACUUCCCUCUGAUACGCCAUGGCGAUCGCACCUAUCUCAGAGACCCCGACAACCAGUACCCUCUUCCCUGCGAUCUUCCAGAGAUACACCGGCAGACCUUGCGCUCGCUCAUGCUCAUGCGCGUCUUUGGGGGUCCCUUCUGUAACCCUCACAUGGCCGACCGUGCCCCUAAGCGAGUCCUGGACCUCGCUUGUGGCUCAGGACUGUGGUCCAGUAUGUGCCAUGAUUAUUUCGCUCGUCGCGGCCACCGCACUGUCUCCUUCAAUGGCAUCGACAUUGUCUCCGUCGCCCCCGACCUGCGCAAAAAGGGUGUCAAUUGGCAGUUCAAGCGUCACGACCUACGCAAGCCCCGCUUGCCAUUCCCCGAUGACUAUUUCGAUUUCGUCUUUAUCAAGGAUGCGGGUAUGUUUCCUUCCAGCGCGGCCCAGCAAGCUUCGGGUUUAAGCGAGCCGUUGCGCGUCCUCAAAUCCGGCGGCAUCUUGGAAGUCUGGGAUUCCGACUGGGUUUUCCGCUCUCUGCUGCCCAAUCCUGCGCCCGCCCGCAAAUUGGCGUCGAGAGAGCAAGAGACCGCGGAUGCGACCGCAACGUACACUUUCUCAUCUGCCACGCCAUUUACGCGAGCCCAGAAUAAGUUCCUCCAAGACUACAAUACUUGGCUCGAGAAGGCGUUCGAUCAACGCAAAUUGACUGCCCUGCCAUGCGCCACCAUGGGACUGUCAUUCAAUGCGGAGGUAGACGUCCUUGAGAAGGUCGACAGUCGUCGUAUUGCCAUCCCGUUGGGCGAACUACGCUGGGAACGAGAGGGGUAUGGCAAGGAGACGAGCAGUGGUACUCGAAGACAGUUGACGGCCGAUCAACUGUCCAUCCGUCGCACUGCGCUUCUGACGGUCAUUCAAAUGAUUGAAGGCAUGGAACACAUCCUCAUGGAGGCUAGUGGAAAGACCAAGGACGAAUGGGAUCGUUGGUGGGCAGCAAUGAUGACCGACUUGUUCCAGAAGGAUGGCCUCGCGAAUGGGGAGUGCUUGGAAGUCUGUGCUUGGUGGGGUCGAAAGAUAUAGGCUGCUUUCUCUGCGGCAAGGAUCGUGCACUCAAUGUUCGGAGUUCAGGCGAAUGAGAGGAAGGAGAAAGAAAAACAGAAGGGUGACCGUUGCUCUUCUCAUAUUGGUGAUACCCCCACAAUUUUCUUCUUUAUUGGUUUCAAAUUGUCAUAAUAUUCAUUUCUGUGUAAUAUUCUGCUGCGACGUGCGCUGGAUGCGGGUUAUCGCUCACAUCCUGGUGGCUGCUCUAUUUGUUCUCAUAGCGCUGUUUCAACGUGCGAUACCGCUUGAGGUAGUAGCUGUGUAUUCCAUCAGUCUUGCUGUUGAUAGUGCCCGCAUUUGUUUAUAAAUUUAUGACCUGAC